AUUGCUGUGUCACUCGAAUCAUGAUACUGGCACCGGCAGUAUCCUAGCUCGAACAGUAUCCCAUUGGGGAUAGGGAAAUCUCUUGGUCUUGCAUUAGUGAAAAUCCAGACCCCCAUUUGUCAAGGUUUGCAUAGUGCCGCGAGACGGAACCUACGCCCGAUACUACGAUUCGACAUUGUGUUGUUCAUGAUAAGGACUGCUCCCUCCGAAAAAUCGAUUGCUAUUCACUGCCCAGAAACUGUGAAAUACCGGCAUAUUCGGUGAACCUCAAAGGCUUCGGAUCGAAACCUGGGCUGCCUCAAGGAUCAAUAUAUCAGAUCGAGAGGAUAUCUGUCGAUCCUAAGUCUGUCAGGAAAUGCAGCAAAAGGGAAGAGGUUGGAAAAAAGAAAACCCUGGGGAAAACACGGGAAAGAGGGAAGGUUAAGUUAUAGCCAGGGACCCCUUGGAUCCAUCCCACGGCACAUAGCGAAGGGGGGUAUGGUACACGUAUGUCCCGCUCCCACAAACGCAUUCGACAUCGCCCUCUCCCACUAGUUCCCGCUUCCCCUCACCUCUGUGCUGUUUGGAUCAACCCCCAAACUUUGAAUGAUUGAUCAAUGGUGUCUCACCUAAUGCAAAAAUUUGGCAUGGGUUAAGCUGGUGUACGAGUAAUGAGCCCGCAGAAGCAGAUGCACACCAUUAAACAAUGAGAUUUCUUGCGUUCGAGUGGACUGGCCAAAUAGGCGCCAUCAGAUGGUGCAGGAAAUCUUGAGGCAAGUGUGGACUGAAUGCUUGUGCCCAACCGGGUGGACGAGCGGAAGUUCUGCGGAAAGCAAAUGACAUGCUUUAUGGAGAGUUCCUUGCCAUUCUCCAAUUGGUGUCGGGCGCAAGUCAGGUACGCGAAGUUCCGGCCGGUGCGUUAAAAAAAAAAAAGGAAUUCCUUCUUUCCUGGUACCGCAGGGUUGGUAAUGGGUUGGGAGAAGAAAAAACGUCAGUUUGCAAUGACCCAAAAUCGCUGAAAUGAUUGGAUCCAUAUAACUUAUUGCUAGCACUAAUCUGGGGGUCUUCGACUCCUUUAUGUGUAUUACUCGCUCGUGACCCAAAUGGAAUUUUGAGGGCCAUGCUGACAAACGAACGAAUACCGGUUUCGUACUUUGUGCUAUUAGAGAACUUAGAGCCGGGAUCCGGGAAACUGUGCCUCUCCCGGACUACAAAUCUCCUAGUAAAUCGCCUGAUGCGUCCUGCCCUACCGGUAGCAGAUCCGCCGGCCACACCUCAUCUCCCGUAUCAAAGGGAUAGCAAGGGAAAAAAGAGAUCUGUUGGUGCUUGA